UUGUAGUCGGGCGGGGAGCGCCGGAGCCUCACCCCGGGCCGCCUCUGCGCGACAUGGCGGCGGCGGCGGCGGCGCAGGUGUCACAGAGAAAAAUAAUCAGCAUCAACCUAAUGGUCAUCAAGGAUAUGAACUCUGCUGUUUUUAUCUAGAUGGAUGAAAAGGUUAACAGCCCAGAAGGGGAGUUCCUUUUGUUUCCAAGAUGGCAGCAACUAGUGGUGAAAGCCAGCUGCAGCGGAUUAUCAGAGACUUACAAGAUGCAGUGACUGAAUUAAGUAAAGAAUUUAAAGAAGGAGGUGAACCGAUCACAGAUGACAGUGUCAACUUGCAAAAAUUCUCCUACAAGCUUGAGUACCUUUUACAGUUUGACCAGAAAGAAAAAAGCACAUUGCUGGGGAGCAGAAAAGACUACUGGGAUUAUUUCUGCGACUGUCUGGCAAAAAUCAAAGGAGCUAAUGAUGGAAUCCGCUUUGUCAAGUCUAUUACAGAACUACGAACCUCUCUUGGAAAAGGAAGAGCAUUUCUUCGUUAUUCCCUGGUUCACCAAAGGCUAGCAGACACCUUGCAGCAAUGUUUUAUGAACACCAAAGUGACCAGUGACUGGUACUAUGCAAGAAGUCCGUUUCUGAAUUCCAAGAUGAGUUCUGACAUUGUGGGUCAACUGUAUGAGCUCACUGAUGUUCAGUUUGACUUGGCAUCAAGAGGCUAUGAUUUAGAUGCUGCUUGGCCAGCAUUUGCCAGGAGGACUCUGUCCUCACUUGGAUCUUCAGCAUAUUUAUGGAAGCCCCCAAGUCGCAGUUCCAGCAUGAGCAGUUUAGUGAGCAAUUAUUUGCAGGCACAAGAGUUUCCUUCCAGCCCUGAUGUAAAUAACUCACUAAAUGUUGAACACCUUGAGGGCUAUGAAGAGAUGCGUUUAGAACUUGACCAGGCUGAGCUGAGGCAGAGGGAACUUCAAGAUCGCAUUCACCAGCUAGAAAUUGAAAACCAGGAGCUCCAGGCAGCUGUCAGCCUUCAAAAAGAACAAGUACAGGUAGAAAAGGAGAAGAGCAAUAACUACAGUGAGGAGAACUCCCGGCUGACAAGGAUGAUCACAGAGUUACAGAAGCAGUGUGAGAUCUCACACUCCACUCAGAGCACUGUCCAUGACCUGCAGAAGUGUCUACAGUCACUGGAACUGAGUGCAGCGGAGCAGCAGAAGGAACAUUCAAUAAAGGUGGACCAGCUGUUGACCAGCAAGGAAGAUUGUGCCUCAGAAUUGCAGGUUUCAAAUCAGGAGCUGGAGGCCUCUAAGGCUUUGAUGGCUGUGAAAGAUCUUUGCAUUGAUGAGCUCAAAGCCAAGCUGAGUUCCACAGAACAGAGGAACCUCAACCUCCUUGAAAAAGUUGAUGCUGCCUUGGAUCAAAAGGGACAGCAAGCCACAGCCCAGUAUGACUCUGCUGUAAAAAUACAGGCACUGUUAGAGAAGCUUCAGGAGAUGGAAAAGGAAAAGGCAGAUAUGCAAAGACUCAGUGAUGAGCAUGCAUCUCAGCUGAAGGCAGCAAGGGAGGAGCUGCUACUGAAAGAACAGGCACAGAAGGAACUGGAAUCCAGAUACAGUAGCCUCACUGCUAACUCCAAAGAAGAGAGUGAAAAGCUGAUUGGGAGCCUGGAGACCAUGGCAAAGGAAAAGGAUGCACUUCAGAAGGCCCUGACUCUGAAAGGAAAGGAAGUGGCUGAGCUCCAGACCCAGGUAAUGGGGUCUCUGGCUCAGGUGGGUUCACUGGAAAAAAAACUUGAGGAAGCCAGGAAAGAAAAAGAGAAACUUGAGGAGGAGUAUGGUAGGAGGGAAGGAGCACUGAAACAGGAAUCCCAGUCGCAAGCAGAGCAACUUGAACUACAGGAGGGUCGCUUAACAAAGGUGAGUCAGACUGUGUGUAGCCUUCAGGAGCAAAACCGGAAACUCGAGUCUGAGAAGGAGCAUCUCGGGCAGAAAGUCAAGGAGCUGGAGGAGCAGAUGGAGCAGCAAAACUCUACAGUGAGUGAAUUGGAUGAGGAGAGCAGAAAACUGAAAGCAGAGAAUGAGAAUUUGCAACAGUCUAAGAAGAAGAUGGAAGAGAAGCUGAAAAAUCUGGAAGCUUCUAAAGCUUCCCUAGAAGCCGACGUAGCCAGGUUGAGAGCCUCUGAGAAGCAGCUUCAGAGUGAGAUAGAUGAUGCCCUGGUGUCAGUUGAUGAAAAAGAGAAGAAGCUCCGGGGUGAGAACAAACAGCUUGAUGAAGACUUGCAGAAUGCCAGGAGGCAAGGCCAAAUUCUAGAGGAGAGGCUGGAGGCUCUGAACUCAGAAUAUGAAGAACUAAAGCAAAGAGAAGAGACCUCCAAGGAGUCUUAUGCCUCACUUGAAGCACAGCUGAAGAGUGCCAAACAGCAUAGUUUACAAAUGGAAAAAAGCUUGGACACCUUGAAGGAAAGCAAAGAGUGUCUCCAGUCACAGCUCACAGAGAAGGAAGCAGAACUGCAGGGCAUGGAGAGCCAAUGUCAACAGCUAAGAGCAGAAUCUGAAAGAUACAGGAAGAAAGCAGAGACUCUUGAGAUAGAAAAGCUCAGUGUUGAAAAGACAUGCCUUCAUCAGACAAAACUUAUAGAAUCUCUCACAUCAGAAAAGGAAUCUGUGGAAAACCAGCAGCUACAGCAGGCGGCAUCCCUGGAGAAGGAGGCAAAAGAUCUGGCUUUCAGAAUGAGCAUGAGUGAAGAGCAGCUGGAGGUCAGCCGAGGUGAAGUGUCCAGGCUGCAGGCAGAAGUCCUUGAUCUGCGAGUCAAGCUUCAGCAGGCCACCGAUGAGAGAGAGAGGAUGAGAAGUGAGCUGGCAGUCGCUGAGGCUGUCUCAAGUGAGCAGAAGACACUUGUCCAGCAGCUGAAAGAGCAGAGUGAGGCUCUCAACAGAAAUCAUGUGCAAGAACUGGUGCAAUGUAAAGAAAGGGAAGAAAAGCUGAAAAAAGAGCAGGAGAGAACAGCCCAUCAAAAAGCUGAGCUGGAAAGUAAUUUGAUGAACCUAAAGGAAGAGCUGUCUAAGGUUAAGCGCUAUUUGGAAAAUGCUAGAGUGGAAAAUGAAGAAAAUAAAGAUCUCCUCCACAGGACGAACACUGAUAUGGCUGAACUUGGUAUUCAGAUUUGUGCCUUGACCUCUGAAAAGGUGGAUGCAGAAGAGCAGUUGGCCCAGGCCACAGAAAGGUUCAAAGAAUUGGAAGAACAAGCAGCAGAGCAACAGGAGAAGCUGAAACUUGACAUCUCUAAUCUCAGAGAGGAGAACAAGAGCCUGCAAGAGAAAUUAGAGGAGGCUCAAAUGUGUGCCGCAGCUGUCCCAAGUCUGCAAUUGCAGCUGGAGACAAUAAAGAAACAGGCACAGAGUUUCCAAGAGACCAGCCAAGAAGAGCUGUCUGCAAUAAAAUUUCAAAUGAGCACAGAGAUUCUAAAUUAUCAGACAAAAUUCAAGGCUGUCAAUGAGGAGUGUGGGAAAGUAAGAGAGCAACUUCAGGAGCAGAAGCGACAACAGCAUGCAGUGGAGGAAGAGAUUACAGAGUUACAAGCUGCAAACACGAAUUUGUGUAGAAAGCUGGAUGAAGCAAGAGAGCAGCUGUCAGAAUCAGAAUCUGCUCGGCUGCAGAAGGAAGAGGAAGUGACUUCUCUUAGAGAACUUGUUGAAAGGAUCCAAAAAGAAGCUGAUGAAGCAAAAGAGAAGAUCCUGGAUUACACUGAGAAGCUCAGCAAGGUGGCAGCAGACAAAGAUAGCAGUGACCAGAAGUUAUUUGCUGAACUGGAUGACCUGACAAGAACAAAGCAGUUCCUUGAAGAACGUUUGAUAGAACUUAUCAGAGAUAAGGAUGCUUUGUGGCAAAAAUCCGAUGCUCUGGAGUUCCAGCAGAAGCUUAGUGCAGAGCAGAGGUGGCAGGGGGACACAGAAGUUAAUCACUGUCUGGACUGCCAGAGAGAGUUCUCAUGGAUGGUGCGCCGACACCACUGCAGAAUGUGUGGCCGCAUUUUCUGCUACUACUGCUGCAACAACUACAUGGUGACAAAGCCUGGUGGAAAAAAGGAGCGUUGCUGCAGAGCUUGCUUUAAUAAGCCUAGAGUCAUUGUGGACAGCACAGAUGACUCUGGAUCCAGUGCCAACCAGGAAGGCUCACCAGCUUCAUUGGAAUCACCUGUGUCACCAUCUGAGAGGGCUUUUGUUGCAAGUGAAGCCUCUAAACCACCAGAUGAUGCAGCUUUUGACAUAAUCACUGAUGAGGAGCUGUGCCAAGUACAGGAAUCAGACUCUCUCCACAAUGAAAGUCAGAUGGAAAGAGACUCUCUGGAUCAAAGUGUGACAGAUCUAUGUGUUUGCUGGGCUAAGCAGCUGUUAGGGGCUCUGUACAGCCUCCAGUCUCCGUUUCAGGUUUCUGCCUUUCACACAAUUCGAAACAGCACGUGUAAUUCUUCAACCUUUGAUGAAUCUGAAGACUGGCAAGUUGCUCAAGAUGCUGAGAUAUGCUUGCUGAAGUCAGGAGAAAUUAUGAUGAAAUUACCCCUUACAGUAGAAGAGAUAAUGAAUUUUGGAGAAAGCAACAGAGAACUGUUCAUCAAAUCCAGCACCUACAGUAUCAUUCCCAUCACUGUUACAGAGAUGGGACUAACAAUUAGCUGGAUCUUCUCAUCAGACCCCAAAAGCAUAUCCUUCAGCGUUGUCUACCAAGAGUCCGAAGACACACCACUGGAUCAGUGCAAAGUUCUUAUCCCUAUGACUCGCUGCAACUCUCAUAAGGAAACUAUCAGAGGACAGGUGAAAGUCAGAAAUGCUGGAAUCUACACCCUGAUAUUUGACAACACGUUCUCUAGGUUUAUCUCAAAAAGAGUGUUUUAUCACUUGGCUGUUGAGCGACCUGUUAUCUAUGAUGGAAGUGAUUUCCCAUAGCCUUUACUAUACUGUGUAUUUUUAAUUACAUUUUUAAGAUAUGCUAUUAUUUAUGUACAUGUGUAAGCAUUCUGAUUGCCACUGUGUUUGAAGACUUUGAAACUAUGCAAUAGUUCUAAUGCACUUAAGAGCAGAUGUGUACACUAAAAAUGGAAGCCUUUUUGGGAACACUAAUGGUUCUGUACUGUGUACAGAUUGCUGAAAAGCCAUGAUGUUUAGUUUAACAGGUCAACAAUAAUCAUUUUCUUUUCUCAGUGGGGAGAAAAAUAAGUGUGGGGGUAUCUAAAUGUAAACUGAAAUUCUCUGCUGAAAAUGGAACUAUUUUUCUUCCAAAAAUAUUCUUCAAAAGGAAAUUUAAAGAAAAAUGCCUAUUUUUGGCCUCUUCACUGAGGUAUAAACAUAACCAGCUCUUUUCUGCUGUACUGCUCUUACAGUCAGAGCAGCAAUUACGCAAUACUUCAGUCUUCAUUAGCAAAUGUUGUAAUCCAUCUGGAAUUUUUUAUCUUUUCCAAGUUUUAUAAGCAGCAUACCAUAGGAGUUUUAUACAUUUUGGGCUAAGAUUUGGUAAGUCUUAACUGGCUGUUUCCAAUGCUUUGGCACAGAAUACCAGUUAGAAAAUAAUAAACACAAAGCAGCAACUCUUUUCACUUUGGCUCACUGUACUCUGAAUGGCCCAUGGAACCCAGUUCCUGUGGUGAGCACCAGUGGCAGAAUGCAGAACAUCCCCUGUGGAAUAAAGUACUGCUCACUGGGUGAUAUUGAGAAGAGGAACAUUCCUUUUUCCUGCCUUAGCACCUUAGUCAUCAGCAUUCACAGGAAAGCACAGUUUCUGAGGAGAUCAGCAGCGUGUCUCUCUCUCUCUCUAGACCAUGUGAAAGGCAGCAGUAAUGUUUGAACAGUCUCACAACAUCCAUCCAAAAUGGAAUACAUAUCAAGCCUGGUGAGCUCUCCACACAGUGGUGUUAAUGUAUUCUGUCCCUUUCCUAAGCUUUGCAGUUGCCUGAUCCAACUGCUAACUUUCCAUCUCAGAUUUGGGGGCUGUUUACACUGCCUUUUAAGGGAAGACUGGGUUCUCACUCAUAGAAAAUUUCUAUGCAAACCAUCUACUUUCUGGAUAGAAUUUCAGCUUUUUAUCAAAAUACCUGAAAGUGGAUUUUUCUAUAUAAAAAAACCCUGUCUUCCAAUAGAAUGGCAAAAUAUUUGGCAGGAGAAAGAAGAAAAGUUCUUUCUCCCAACCAGCUCUCCUCAUAAUUUAUGUGUGUCUGAUUUUUCAUGUUACUGUUCUCCCAAGGAAACCUCAGACCUGGAGGGUUUUAGUGCAGCAGUUGGUAGAAGACCAGCACAACCUGUGAGGAACCUGUAGAGACUUUGUGGCUGCUAUAGCUGGCAUACAGGGGUCAUGGUGGGAGACAGAAAAUAAAGCAGGAGAGGAAAGAAAUAAAAAGGCAAGCAUAAACUGAAGCAAAUGGUUUGGGGAGAUGAAAGGGACAAAGUUGUAAAUGUAAAAGCAAGGAGAAGGAAUUGGAGGAAUGAGCUCAGCUAGGGAAGGUGGUCAGGAGAGGCCAAGCUGGUGUUUUUAUGUUUUGCUGGUCCAAUCAAAUACCUGUAAGGGAUCUCCCACCCCAAAAGACUGAUUGUUUAAAAGGUGGAGAUCACAAACUAAGUGUUGGAUAUUUACAUAGGAGCAGCUGAGGCAGAGGGAAAUUUUUGGUCAUAGAAAAGAAAAUAAUUGCAGUUAAAGGUUGCUCAUAAUUUUUUUCCAGUUGUUGUAUAAUACAGUAAUCUUCAAAAGAUGGUGAAAGAAUGACUACUUUUCAUGGAGCACCUAGGAUUUAGGUCUCUGGCUCAUUGAUAGCUUUCCCUUGCUUUCAGCUGCCUUUUUCCCCAUGGUGGUGGUGUGCUCCCAACCCUCUGCCAGGCAGAGUGGUCAGUGGAAGGUGCAAACUCCUGAAGGCUGCACUGUGGUUAAGCCCUGACCUGGUUGUGUGCAUGAAAAUGAGAUGGAUGAGAGACUGACGUGAGCAAUAAAUGGCCUCAAUUGGUUCAUGAAUUACAGUAUAUUUCAGUCUUGAAGCUAUGUUUUAUAUUUAAUUAGGCAAGGAGAGAUUAUUUAUUGCUUAAGAAUGGAGUAUUAUGUACCAUAUACUAUGCAAUUUCACUGAGCUGUUACUGAAGUCUGCUGCAGUAUUCUUUUAAGCUUUUAGGUGUGGUUUUUAAAAACAUUUUGCUGUUGUUUACUUAGAAUACUAAUUUUACUGGGAUUAUACUUCUUAAAAUGCCAAAUGUAAGGUAAAGGGACACUGUCAAGUAUCUUCAGCAAAAUAUGACAUCUCUGUUAAAAAGUAUUUGAAGUCUCUCUACUAAAAAUAAUUUGACAGCCUUGCCUCUUGAUUUCCUCUACACAUCUUCUUUAAAUUUUUUUUAAAAGUUCUUUAAAAACUGUUAAAAGUUCUUUAAAAUUUUUAUCCUGUGGCAAAUAUUUUUAAGCCCCUAUUCAUGUAGCUCUUAAAAUUAUUGUCUCCAUGUAGUAAGCCAGAUGUUUCCCUGGAGGUCUCUCAUGUAGACAGUCCUGAGACUGCUGAAGCUUAUGUUUGGGAGAAGAAGAGUAAAUCCACUGGAUUCUCAUUUAGCAUUUGAGUCUCAAUCAUCCCUUUUCUUCAGGUUUUCCUGUCCUUUGAGAGUAAUUUUGUGGUUUGUUUUUUUUUUUCCCUCUCUUUGAAAGACGACUAAGAGUGAGAGUCAGAACCUGUAGUUUAAAGAUGAAAAGAAAAUGUUUGAUUCUGACCAAAGAUAGUACUUAAGGAGAAAAAGUUUCAAAUUAUGAAAUACCAGGCUGGUAAGGUGCAAAUGGAAAGGAAUACAGAUGUUAGUAGAGACCUUUUGUUUAAAUGUCCCAGACAGUUCAUUACUGGAAUCAUGGAAACCCAAUAAAGAACUUUGCACAAGGGCAGGCAAGAGAUUAUUUCAUUCAAGCACCUCAUUCUUCCAUUUAUAAAAUGCUUGUUGUUGUGAGUUAUUCCAGCAAUACUGAAAAAUCCAUUUAUCCAUUUUUAGGUGCUCAGGUGGUUUGUUGAAGUGGGCUUUUUAUUAUCUACAGCAAAGCAAUAAAGUGAAACAUUUUUUAAAUUGAUCAUGAAAUUAAUUGAAGGAGAUGUCACAUUCAUAGGACAAAGAUUAUACAUCGUGAUCAGCAUAAGCAAUGAGAUGUUUUUCUGGGUGCUGGAAAGGGUAAGGAGAUAUGGAGGGUAAGAUUUUUGUUAUGAAGAGGUUUAUGCAAAGGAGAGAAUGUAGUUUCUUCAAGAAAAUGACAGUGUUCCUUUACUCAACAUUACUCAAUGUUUCUUUAUGAAAAAUGAAAGAGGUAUUGCACAAGAGUCUACCAUGUUACAAAAUAGCAAAGCUACAAAAAUCUGUCUUCUUUCCUAAAACUGAAAUUGCACUAUAGUUUUAAUUAUGCUCAAUCACUGAGGUUGUAACUUGUUCAGAAGCAUCUUUUGGUCUUAACUGCCAAAGAAUUGCAAGCCCUAUUCACAUCAAACUUCCUGCUCCAGAUAUGGGAAAAAUCAUGUAUACCCGUGUGUCUGUACAGUUACAGAAAUGUAAACGGUUGCAUUGGAAUGUUUUUCUUGAUGCUUUUUUUUUUUCCUUUUUUAACCUCAGGAAUUUAAGAAUAAAAUUCUUUAUCAUUGUGAA